ACACUUUGCAUGACAAGUUGGGCAGAAAUAGCUAAACAAAACGUAAAUACACUCAUUUAUUUACAUGAGCCGACUCGGUUGAAUCGCCGGUAGUUUUCUCAUAGAACUCUUCACAUUGCUCUACAAAAAAUCUCCGGUUCAGCAUUUCAAAUAAAAAAAUUUUAAUGUUAUUUUUUGAUGGUAAAAAUACUUGGCAUAUUAUGUUUUAAUUGGACAGGUUUUCAACUCUUCAUUUUCCGGACAUUUCUGAGCCCUGUUUGAUGCGAGUUAUUGUUUUGCUCUUACUGCAUAUUGAAGAGGUUGUUUAUGAUUGCAUCAUACAGAAAAUAUCCAGUCAACAUGAAAUUAGCAGCAAUCAAUCAAAAAGGACUGCUGAAAACGACUUGUGGAAAAGCGUCGUCGGACUUGAAGUUCAUGCACAAAUUAAUUCUAAAUCCAAGUUAUUUUCGAGUUCGCAGUCAGUUUUUGGAUCGGCAACCAACACAGAGGUUUCUUACUUUGAUGCUGCCUUACCAGGUACUCUGCCUGUCUUAAACAAAUAUUGCAUUGAAGCAGCCAUUAAAACUGCAUUGGCUCUUGACUGUAAAAUUAACACACUUUCCUCGUUCGAUAGGAAGCAUUACUUUUAUCCUGAUUUGCCUGCAGGUUAUCAAAUAACCCAACAAUUCAACCCUAUCGCUAGUAAUGGAAAAAUAAGUUUUAUAGUUUAUGACAAAGAGCUGGGUGAUCCUCAUGAAAAAAUAUCUUGUUUGAAGCAGUUACAGUUGGAGCAAGAUAGCGGUCGAACUUUCCAUGUCAAAGGAGAAAAAAGCUUUGUUGAUCUCAACCGAGCGGGUAUCGGACUGAUGGAGCUUGUUUUUCAACCAGACCUGAGCAAUGGAAAGGAAGCAGCUGCUUUAGUGAAAGAGUUGAUUCUAAUUUUAAAGCGAAUUGACACAUGCUCUUGCGAAAUGGAAGAGGGUACUUUACGGGUAGAUGCCAACAUAUCUGUCCACAGACCUGGGGAACCUUUAGGCGUUCGAACUGAAGUGAAAAACUUAAACAGUUUAAGGUACGUUGCACGUGCCAUCGAUUUCGAAAUCGACCGCCAAAUAAAAUUGCUCAAAAAAGGUGAUUUGGUUGUGAAUGAGACACGAGCCUACGAUACCCAAAAUAAAGUGACUGUGUUUAUGCGGGAUAAGGAAGUGCUGCAGGACUAUCGUUUUAUGCCUGAACCAAAUUUACCACCAAUAUGUUUAGAGGCAACUCAAUCAGAUAAAACAGCUAUGAGUAUAAAUGAUUUUAAAGACCAAAUGCCAGUUUUACCCCACGAAGAGCGCAUUACUUUAAUGAGUGUCUAUAAACUCUCGCUAAAACAUGCAGAUAAACUAGUAAAUCACGAAGGAGCCAAAGAUAAAUUUGAAGCAAUAGCUAGUUUUUUAUCUGAACCAGAUGCAAUUUGUGAAUUUCUCUUUGAUAUACUCUAUGCACUGCUGAAUGUGAGGCAACUGUCGUUCAAAAGUUGCCCUCUAACUGCGAAACAGUUGGUUGAAAUUGUGAACCUUCUGAAGACAAGAACUAUAACCGAAGCAACUGCUGUUGACGUCCUCGAGAUGCUGUUCGAAGGAGACCAGAGAACGGCCAGUGAUAUCGUGAGAGACUUCAACUGGUAUCAGAUCAAUGAUGAAAAACAAUUAGAAGCAUACUGCCAUCGUGUGAUGGCUGCUCGACCCAAAAUGGUUAAGAAGUACAAGAAUUCCGGAAAGCAAAGGUACAUGACAUCAUUGCUCACACUUCUGUAUGAAAUUACUAAUAAUAGGGCUCCUUACAAAGAAUCUGAAAAGAUGUUUAAACAACUUAUCAUGAAGAAUGAACAGAAGUAAUUUAUUGUCCAUUAUUAUUUUAAAAGUAAUAUCAAAUUAAGGAGCUUAGUAAAUUUUUAAAAAAAAGUUGUAUAAUGUAUAUAGCUGUAUCUACAAAAAAUCUUUUUCUGUUGAACUUGGUAGAAUAAAUUAUUGUUCUUU